AUGGCUUCUUUACCAAAGAGAAUUAUCAAAGAAACAGAAAGAUUGAUCACGGACCCGGUUCCAGGGAUCACUGCUGAGCCACAUGACGACAACCUCCGCUAUUUUGAAGUUACAGUGGAGGGGCCCGUCGGUUCUCCCUACGAAAAUGGCAUCUUUCAACUAGAACUGUACUUGCCAGAUGACUACCCAAUGGAGGCCCCCAAAGUAAGGUUUCUAACCAAGAUAUACCAUCCAAAUAUAGAUAGGCUGGGCAGAAUCUGUCUCGACGUACUGAAGACUAACUGGUCCCCAGCACUACAAAUAAGAACUGUUCUGUUGUCCAUACAAGCUUUGCUCGCGAGCCCUAAUCCUAACGACCCGCUAGCUAACGACGUCGCGGAGGAUUGGAUCAAAGAUGAGGAGGCCGCAAAGCAAACAGCAAAGAAAUGGUCUAAACUAUACGCUACGCCUAAGCAAUAA